UCUGGGUCCUCUGAUUGCUUCAUUUCAGAGUGGGAUGCAGAGGCCAACGACUUCCUUAUCAAAACACAUAACGCAUCUUUAUCUUCAACUUAGUAAUUGUCAGUAAUUUUCUACCGUUGCAUGGGUUUUACUAGAGGAUUCGUGGUGCAGCGGCAUUUUUGUGAUCUUUAUCUUCAGAAAUGCUUGUCAAAAUUUUCCUGUUGUUGCUUUUGACUGUAGAAUUAUGUAAGGCAUGCGAAUCAGACCAGGUGAAACAAGGAUGUCUGAUCAGAAAUCUAAUGUGUUCUUGUGGAUAUGGAUGUGUCUCAGAUUAUAGGUAUGACAACAUUCAAGAAUGUCAAAAUGCUCUGAAAGGUAAGAAAAAAGACCUUUGUAAAACCCACAAUCCAUGUUUACACAAUGGAACAUGUAUUCAAAUUUCCCAGCAACCAGGAUAUAAGUGCAGAUGCGAAGGAACUGGCUACUUUGGACUUCGGUGUAGCAGAGCAUGUCCAGUAGUUGGAGCAGGAAGGGUUGCUACGAUUAUUCCCUACGAGUGUAUUGUAAUAUAAAUAGAAAUAAAAUUAAACUAACACUUA